AUGGCCGAAAAGACCAAAGAGGAAUUGCAUCCUCCUAAGGAUGGAAGUCCACAGUCGGUCCCACCAUCCCUCCCCGAUUUCCAACUCUCCCCGGCGCCGCCGAAGCGAAACUCCAACAACUUCCUGCCUCCCCUUGACCUCGAAGUAACCCCCUCCUCCGACAACCAAGCUUCGAAAAUGGAACUCAAAGAGCCCCCGAGGGAGGCCCCCGCCCCCAAGCCGACCUCAGCUGCACCGUCACUGAAACCCAAGUCCACGGCGGCAUCAACAAAGUCACAGAAGGAGCGGAUUGCUGGUGAUGACCAGGAUGCUCAAGAUGGAAGUGCUGUGCCCAGACGAAGUGUCCAAUUUGUUCGACCCGACGCCCUCGAUCCUCCGGCCGUCCAUACACGCAACGACUCAUUGGACGAACCCGAUACCCCUGGCAAAUCCCGAGGAGCUUCUUUGAUGUCGAAGCUCAAGGCCUUGGCUGCUACCAGUGGCCUCCAGACGCCAAAGUCUCCAGGGACACCUGCCGACUUGACUCCGCAGUCCAUGACGAACUCACCGACUGGUAUGCGGCCAGGCCGUGGUAUCCCGGAUACUCUGACUGAAGAAGACACGAACGCGGAUGCCGAUGCGGAGGAGACGGCAGACGAGGCCAAUGGCGCAGAGAACGACAAGUCCAAAAAGAAAAAGAAGAGAAGGAUGCGUCGUCCUAAGAAGACACAUGCGCCAAACCCGUCGACUUCGAAACGUUUUCCUCUUGAGACGGACAUGCCGGGCACCUAUGAUCGGCUCCUCAGACGUCGCGCCAGCAUGCCGGACGCAACUGGAGCCGAAUAUGGAGUUUCUGAAGGCGAAGGUCGUGAUCGGUUAGGUAUGACAUUUCGGAGAGGUCACUCCUGGGUGAACCCGGCUGUACGACAAUCGGGAGAGGAGGGAGACGAGGGCGAGAGCACAGCCGUUGUAGGACGACGAAUGGGCCACUUGCGUCGAAUUACCGUAUUCGGAGGUGGCGGCGUAUCGGAUGGCGAUGCCAUGACUCCUCGACGCCCAUUCUUCAACUCUGAACGAGCCUCGACUUUUGGUGCUCAGAAAUGGAAGCAAGUCAAGAACACCCUAAAGCUUCUCCGACAAAAGAAGGAAGAUCGAUUCGACUACUUCAAAUCAGCAGAGUUGAUGGCUGAGCUGAGAGCCGGUGCCCCUGCCGUUCUAAUGCUUGCUAGCAUGAUUCAACGAGAUGAACACGGGAACAAGAGGAUCCCAGUUCUCAUGGAGCAGCUGAAGCUACGCAUCACUGAUAGUAGCCCGGCUCCUGACGACGACAAAGACCGUCAUUGGUUUUUCACUAUCGAACUGGAGUAUGGCAGUGGGCCAAGCAGGAUGGGCUGGACAGUGUCCCGAACUCUGAGAGACAUCUACAAUCUUCAUCUGCGAUACAAGUUCGCCAUCGGCAAUGAGAAAUAUAUGCCGGGCCGACUGGAUCUGGGUGGCCGUCCAAAGCAGCCCAAGUUCCCUUACUCGGCUUUUCCCUAUCUGCGUGGAGCUCGCAAGAAGGGUGAGAAGGGCGACGAUAGUGACGAGGAAGAGCUCGCCAGCGGCCGUGGCGAGGACACAGCCGGCGACGCCACCGCUACCGAAGCAGCUGAUGCUAUCAUGAGCGACCUGGACAUGCCGACCAUGACGCCGAGGAGGAAGGGCGGUCGCAGCAUCUUGGGGAUGAGACGGAGAUCUACGGGAAUCACCGAUCCAGGCGAGAUGUCACAACCAGAAGGCCCGGGCGGACCAGUAGUAGACCUGGCGACACGGAGACAACGUUACGUGGAGAAGCAGCGCCGCAUUCUGGAGAAAUAUCUUUCCGAGAUGAUCCGAUGGCUCAUGUUCAGGGCGGAUAGCAAUCGACUCUGUCGCUUCCUCGAGCUUUCAGCCCUCGGCGUUCGACUUGCUGCCGAGGGUAGUUAUCAUGGCAAAGAGGGUUACCUUCACAUCCAGUCAUCUAAGGGUCUCGACUUCCGUCGCGUCUUGACUCCUGCCAAGGUGAUUGCUCGGCAUAGUCGCAAGUGGUUCCUUGUUCGAGGGAGCUACAUCGUGUGUGUCGAGUCGCCUGAGAACAUGAACAUUUAUGAUGUCUACCUAGUCGAUUCUAAGUUCAGAAUUGUGUCUAAGCGACAUAAGAUGAAUCAAAUUGGCUCUAGCGAGAAGGCAUCGGAAAUCGACUUGACGGUCGAGGCGGCUCCAGAGAAACAUCACACCCUGACCUUGCACACUUCCGAACGCAAGGUGCGCCUCUUCUCGCGCAACCAGUCCGUCAUGAGGCAGUUUGAAGACUCGAUCAAUGAGAUGUUGAAGCAAACCCUCUGGUAUCAGAAGAAGCGGUUUGACAGUUUCUCUCCUGUGCGAACUGGCGUGUUCGCCCAAUGGCUCGUUGAUGGGCGUGACUACAUGUGGAACGUUUCGAGAGCCAUCAACAUGGCCAAGGAUGUCAUUUACAUCCAUGAUUGGUGGCUGAGUCCUGAACUCUACAUGCGAAGACCGGCGGCCAUUAGCCAGAAAUGGCGUCUGGAUAGACUUCUACAGAAGAAGGCUAGAGAAGGUGUGAAGAUUUUCGUCAUCGUCUAUCGCAACGUCGAGGCCGCGGUUCCAAUCGACUCGGAGUACACCAAGUUUUCGUUGCUCAACCUCCACCCCAACAUCUUCGUCCAGAGAUCGCCAAACCAGUUCAAGAAAAACCAAUUCUUCUUCGCGCACCACGAGAAGAUUUGCGUCGUGGAUCAUGACGUUGCAUUUGUUGGAGGUAUUGAUCUUUGCUUUGGCCGUUGGGAUUGUCCUCAGCAUCCCGUUGCCGACGACAAACCCACUGGAUUCGAGGUUUCUGAGACGCCCAAGGAUGCUGAACACUGUCAACUGUUUCCGGGCAAGGACUACUCGAACCCGCGAGUGCAGGAUUUCUUCAGACUCAACGAGCCGUACGAAGAGAUGUACGACCGCAGCAAGGUCCCUCGCAUGCCGUGGCAUGACAUUUCGAUGCAAGUUGUUGGACAGCCAGCUCGAGAUCUGACGCGCCAUUUCGUACAGCGAUGGAAUUACCUGCGCCGAGGACGAAAGCCGACCCGCCCUCUCCCGUUCCUACUCCCCGCUCCCGAUGCCAAUGCGGAAGAACUCGAGGCCCUGGGUCUCACUGGUACCUGUGAGGUGCAGAUCCUCCGAUCAGCGACCACCUGGUCCCUUGGCAUCGAGGAAACAGAGCACAGCAUCCAGAACGCCUACAUCAAGAUGAUUGAGGAUUCUGACCAUUUUGUCUAUAUUGAGAACCAGUUCUUUAUCACUAGCACUGAGGCGUAUAACACCCAAAUUACCAACCGCAUUGGAGAUGCCCUGGUUGAACGAAUCCUUCGGGCUCACGAGAAUGAUGAGGACUGGCGAUGCGUUAUCGUUAUCCCCUUGAUGCCCGGUUUCCAGAAUACAGUUGAUGAGCAGGAAGGCACUAGUGUCCGACUCAUCCUGAUGUGUCAGUUCCGAAGCAUCUGCAGAGGAGAACAGUCAAUCUUUGGUCGACUUCGCGCUGUUGGCAUUGAACCGGAGGACUACAUCAGCUUCUAUUCCCUGCGGCAGUGGGGCAUCAUGAGCACUGAUAUCAUUGUGACGGAACAACUUUACAUUCACGCGAAGACCAUCAUUGUGGACGACCGAGUGGCCCUUAUAGGAUCGGCCAACAUCAAUGAGCGAUCGAUGUUGGGCAACCGUGACUCCGAGUGUGCCGCUAUUGUGCGAGACACGGACAUGAUUAUGUCGACAAUGGGUGGGAAACCUUAUCAAGUCGGCCGCUUUGCGCAUACACUCCGCCUCCGUCUGAUGCGGGAGCAUCUGGGACUGGAUGUGGACGAGAUCCUCGAAGAAGAAAGGCAGACGGAGAUGGACCGCCAGGACUUCGAGCAAGAGAUGGAGGAAAUCUACAAGGAAGAUGAUCCAUCUGGAUCUAAGGACAGCAAACGACCCGACCCUCACCACAUUCCGAGCUUCAAUCACGAGCUUGAUCUCGAGGCAGCCGAGCGAAUGGACGAGUCCGCGAGCUCCAGCUCCAGCUCCUCUUCAUCGUCCGACGAGCCCGAAUCAAGCGCCAUGGCCGAGGGCAAGAGAAAGCAUCACCUAGACGUGACUGGGUAUGGUCCCGAUGGCUGGAAGAAUGCCGAGAAGUCUGGCUUGGACACUGGCCGGGAUUCAGUCAUCAUCAACGGCCGUGAGGUCCUCGUCAGCAGUAUCGGCAACGAGGGCAAGGGAACAUUACAGACACCGAGAGGACCAAACUCCUCACUCCCGGCCCGGGAGAACAAGUAUCCUGACCCCAGCAAGUUGCAAAACGAGCCCCUGCCCCCUAUGCCUGCUUUGGAUCGACGGACUACGGAUCAGUUGGGGCUACCAAGAGCUGCUCAGUUGCCGUCACUCCCAGUGGUAGAUGACACUGAUAUCGGCGGCCCCCCAAUGCACUUGGACCCCGAGUCUGGGCGACCCAUGGUCGGCUUUGUUCAUCCCAUGGCAGCAGAUAUUCAAGCUGCUCAGAUCGACAAGGAUUGCAUGCGAGAUCCUAUUAGCACCGACUUCCUCGACGAAAUUUGGAACCGUGUUGCAGCGAACAAUACCAAGCUGUACCGCAGAGUCUUCCGCUGCAUGCCUGACUCUGAGGUGAGCACCUGGGCUGAGUACCGAGAGUAUGAUAACUAUGGAAAGCGAUUCCGCGCAAGCAUGGAGGGUCGUUCGCGACAGGAUUCUGAGGUUAAACCCGAACCCAGCCAUCGUGGCUCGACAUCUGCUGGAGCUGGGAUAGCAGCACCAGGACCAGAAGUUUUGGCAAAGGCCGCCGAGCACGAAGUCGCAGGGAAGCUUACUGAGAAGCUGCAUAUUCAUACACAUGACGAUGAGAGAAUCAAAAUCAUCAUUCCAAAUGAAGGAGAGAAGGAGUUGAAAGAAAAGCAGCUCGCUCAUGAUGACGGCUCCAAUACUUCUCAGGCAAGGCCAGAUACCGGCCAUACCAGCAACAACCCGCGUCUGGUCGAGGCGCCCUCUCCAGUUUAUUCGAUUGGAGACACUCCGUUCCCUGCCUUUGAGAACAACCAGAGCAAGUUCCUGGAGCCCCAGCUUAGCACUAGGGAUAGAGAUCGACGAACAACCUUCUCGACUCUCGAGAAGCCCUCCUCAAGGGAAACGAAUAACCCCCCUGGCGGUAUCGGGUCGGUUAAGCGCCGCCGCCGAGCCACGACGAAGAACAGCCGUCGUGGGUUUACCAUUGAGGACAUGCCUACGCGCGAGCACGCCGAGGAUUUGUUGAACUUGGUUCAGGGAAAUUUGGUGCAGUUCCCCUACGACUGGCUCCUUACGGAAGAGCAGAACGGCAAUUGGGGUUACCAAGUGGAUGGUGUCGCCCCCUUGGCAAUUUACAAUUAA